AUGGCGCCCAAGGAAAUGCUGGCAGAAUCGACCAUUGCUCGCUAUGUCAAAACCAUCAGAUCAUGCCCUCGUGAAAUCAUUGCUAAUAAGCAGAUUUUGUUAACGGCCGCUAUGUAUGCGACGGCGGGCCUUCCAAUUACUUGGGACCAAGGCUCCUCUUCCGUGAUCCCGUCACUUCCUGGUUUCCAGGACGCUUUCGGCAUCACCUCGGCCACAAAUCCCACCCAAGUCUCUAACUUCAUUUCAUUUGUCUAUAUCGGUGCCGGGGUCGGCGCUGGACUUUCAUUCUUCAUCAACGAUCGAAUUGGACGUCUGUGGUCUUUCCGGUUAUACAUGGUAAUAUGGAUCAUUGGCCAAAUGAUCGCUACCUUUUCCUCCGGUCAUAUCGGAGUCUUAUAUACGGCGCGCAUAGUGUCAGGUCUCGGGAUAGGCGCUCUCACCGUCAUCGGCCCCGUCAGUAUUGUCGAAAUAGCACCAACUGAAUUUCGAGGACUGCUUUCGGUAUGGUUCAGUGUGGUGAUGCUCUUAUCGCUGACGGUGUCCGUCUUUGUGGUCUUGGGUGUUUAUCUUCAUGUCGCCAGCAGUUAUCUACAAUAUCAGAUCGUGUUCUUUGUGCCGACUAUUGCGGUCGCUUUUAUCAUUGUCGCAAGUUUCUUCUUAUCGGAAAGUCCACGAUGGCUGUUUCUCGUCAACAAACCGGAGCAAGGAAUCGAGGCUCUGGUGACAUUGCGCGGAUUGCCUGCUACCCAUCCGCGCAUUGCAUCCGAAAUCGAAGAUAUCCAAAAACAGAUCGAGACACAGCAAAAGUUCCAACACAGUGGUUCCCAAACAGGCCUUGUGAAAUUGUGUAAAGAAACUUUCCUCGUGCCGUCUAAUCUACGUCGUGUCCAACAAACGUUUAUAUCCUACGCGUUAGCACAGCUAUCCGGUGCAAACAGUGUGACCUCAUAUUUGGUACCAAUUCUUAGUCUGAUGGGACUGGGUGGCGGAACGGAUCGUUCGCUGUUUUUAUCUGGCAUGUAUUCGAUGGCGAAAUUUUUCUUCACGCUCAUUGCAAGCUUCUGCUUUAUUGAUAUGCUGGGGCGUCGGAAAAGCUUCUUUACUGGCGUAACACUCCAGAUGAUCUCUGACAUCUACAUUGGUGUCUAUAUCAAAUAUAGACAGAGUGGACUCGUUACCAGCAACGCGAGUCAGGCGGCCAUUGCUGCUAUAUUUAUCCACGGCUUUGGCUUUGCUGUCGGCCUUCUGAUUCUCCCAUACGUCUUUGGCGCAGAAAUUUGGCCCAAUCACAUUCGAUCCUUUGGUGCGGCCAUCUCACAGUGCUUUCAUUGGCUUUUCUUCUUCGGCAUCAACAAAGCGACUCCAUCCCUCCUCGCUAAGACCAACAACUGGGGUGCAUUCCUGUUCUUUGCGGCGUGGUGUUUUAUCUCACUAGUCUAUGCCUAUUUUGUGAUACCGGAAACUGCAAGCGAAGGGCUUGAAGACUUCGACGCCAUCUUCGAGCAGCCACUGUGGAAAGCAUAUCGCGGUACACAGCGGAACCGUGUGACUUGCGUCGAGGCUUGCGAGUUACCUACUGAACAAGAGAAUACGCCUGCGAAGAAGAAGUCGCAAUUCGUGGAUGGUGUUGUCGAGGUCUAG